AUGACACGAGUGGAUGGAGGAGGCUGUGGUGGUGGACAGGUGAGCAUGGCAAACCCCGUGGGUGUUUGUUUGCGUGAUUUUUCGGAGAAGUGUGCGCGCGUGUGCGAAGCCCGUCUAGCUCAGUCGGUAGAGCGCAAGACUCUUAAUCUUGUGGUCGUGGGUUCGAGCCCCACGGUGGGCGAUACCAAUGAUAUGAUCGAAACGGAUGCAGUCCCGAUCUCUUUAGAGCCGCACUUUUUCUGUCUCUUCGUUACAGUGGUUUAUCAGCUGGAUUGGCUCUAG